UUAAGCUAAGCUAAUUGCCUGCUGACUCUAGCUUCAUAUUCAGUGUACAGAUGUGGCCGUGGAUCUACUGUAACUGCUGUAGUCUCAUUCAGUCUACAGGGCGAGCAGUAUUCUAAGUUCACAGGCUGUGGUGAUGUAGGCUGUUGUACUGCUGAAGGUUUAUGGAUUCAAUCUGGAAAUCAGGAUGAAGCUGGCAGUCAGUGUUCACAGAUGCUGCAGCCGGCUGAUUUUGGAGCUCCAUCUCUGUAGAGGCAGACCAAACACAGCUGGGUGGCACUGUUGUUGGCAGGAACGAGGGUGAGAGAUUUACAGCUGAAGGCAAUCCUGCAUGGCUGUCCAUCCGUCCAAUCUGUUACCAUGGUAACCGUAGCAUUUCAGAAGCCGCCGCAAAAUGAGAAAAAAUAAAUCAUCCACUGCUCAAAAAAAUGCCCCCCUCCUCCCCUUAAAAUUGGGAACAAGAUAUUAUUUAUAAGAUUGGGACGGCAUGCAAACUCAAACCAUCAAAGCCUGAAAAAUCGGUGUCACUGAUACAGAAUGAUGCUCCGAACAGAAGAACGGGAGCGAAGCAGAGCCGGAGGAAAUUCAGUAACUCAGCAGAGAAAUCCACACUGUUGAGCUCCAGAGGCAGAAGCAGAGUGUGUAAACACUAGAGUUCAACACAGGCGCCAAGAUAAAUGUUGCAAGUGCACCUUUCUGCAACGCACACUGGGGAUACGGUGCUUCUGCUCUGGUUAGAUGGCGCUCCGCUGAGUGAUCUGUCCUGGUCGUCGUCCCUGGCUGUGGUGGCCAUCUCCUUCUCGGGCCUCUUCACCUUCGCCUUCCUCAUGCUGGCGUGCCUCUGCUGCAAGAAGGGCAAAACUGGCUUCAAGGAAUUCAAGAAUGUGGACGGGGAGGAGUACCAUGCAGAUAUGUCCACCUUGGGCUCGCCGGCCUCCCAGGGCAGCCCCGACGUCUACAUCCUGCCGCUCACCGAGGUGUCCCUGCCGGUCGCAAAGCAACCUGUACGGUCAGUCCAACUCCUGAAAUCCACAGAUCUCAGCCGCCACAGUCUCCUCUACCUGAAAGAGAUCGGGAAUGGCUGGUUCGGGAAGGUUCUGCUUGGGGAGGUGAAUGCAGGCCUAAAUACCACCCAAGUGGUGGUGAAGGAACUCAAAGCCAGCGCCAGCGUACAGGACCAGAUGCAUUUCCUGGAAGAAGCUCAGCCUUACCGUAACCUCCAGCACCACGCUCUGGUGCAGUGUUUGGCUCAGUGCACUGAGGUCACUCCCUACCUGCUGGUGAUGGAGUUUUGUCCACUGGGGGAUGUGAAGGGUUACCUCCGAAGCUGCCGGACUGCAGAAUCCAUGACCCCGGAGCCCUUGAUUCUUCAGCGGAUGGCUUGUGACAUCGCCUCGGGACUCUUGCACCUGCACAAACACAACUUCACACACAGCGAUCUGGCUUUGAGGAACUGCUUGUUGUCCGCUAACGUCACAGUCAAGAUCGGAGAUUAUGGUCUGUCCCACACCAAGUACAAGGAUGAUUACUACGUUACAUCGGAUCAGAUGUUCGUGCCAUUGCGUUGGAUCGCUCCAGAGCUGGUAGACGAGGUGCACGGAAACCUGCUGGUGGCUGAUCAGACCCCACAGAGCAACAUGUGGUCUCUGGGUGUGACUAUCUGGGAGCUGUUUGAGCUCGGCAACCAGCCCUACAGACAUUAUUCUGACAGACAAGUCCUGACCUACGCUGUGAGGGAGCAGCAGCUGCGACUGCCCAAACCGCUGCUCCAAGUGCCGCUGGCUGAGCGCUGGUAUGAGGUGAUGCAGUUCUGCUGGCUCCAGCCUGAUCAGAGGCCCAAUGCAGAGGAAGUCCACUUGCUGCUCAGCUAUCUGUGCGCCAAGGGGGCCAGCGAGGCCGAAGAGGACUUUGAGAGGCGAUGGAACUCGCUGCGUCCCAAUUCUGGAUUCAACAGCCAUCGUGGUGCCUCGGCAAUAUCACGAGACCACCCCUCAUCAACAUCCUCCUCUUUCCCCCUCCUAGAGCAGUUUUCAGCUGGUGAUGGCUACCACUCAGAGUCUGGGGAUGACAUACUAACAGUCACUGAGACCAGCCACGGCCUGAACUUUGAGUACAAGUGGGAGCAAGCCAGGGCAGACCAGUCAUAUAGAGCCCCAGACUCCUCGAGUACCCUGGGACAAGUCAACCAUCAUUGUCAAGAAGCAUUUUACCCACCUGGAGGCAUUGUGGGAGGCUGUCCAAUGGAGAACCACAGACAUGUUUCUCCACCCUACUACCAACCAAAACAUCUUCACGCUCCUGGCAUACUUCCUGUCCUCAGUGCCCACAGCCCCUCAGUUAGCAGUGAAUACUACAUCCGCAUCGAAGAGCCAGUAGACUGCAACAUUGAUCCAGAGUACACCAUGUGUUCCUACAGCCCAGACUACCAAGGCAGCAGCGGGAGCUUUCUGACUGGCAGCGCCGACUCAGGCGAGUGCAUGGCCUGCCCAUCACAGGCUAAGAACAUGGAUCCCUAUUGGUCCGCAGAUAUCCACAAGUCGGAUAUGUACGAUUCCAAUGACUCAAGUCCUGCCAUCUCCCUGACAAUGGAGCCUCUUUUAGGGCAAGUGUCGGACAGCAGCCCCAUUCGACCCUGGGAGUCUAGUCACUAUGUGUCUUAUAAAGACAGAGAUGGGGGUUACUACUACGAGCACUCACCCCCGUUGGGAAUUGAUCACUAUUUGAUUGGAAGUGAGCUCACCAGAGACCAUCAUCGGGAAAGCUGGGGGUCGAGGAGCCUGCGUCAGGCCUUGGGUGAGCUGGAAAACCCACUUGGUAUAUCCCCCUCUGUAAACAGUCCGCCUCAGCAGGCCUACAGAGACACAUACCUGGACACAAGUCAGACAUCUAUCAUUGGAAAGAACGUGACAGGUGGCUACUAUGACAUGAUGGGAUCCCUGAGGAAGACUAUGCCCAGUCACACCAGGCACAACAGCCACUCUGUCAGUAUAAACAUGGAGACAGAGGGGGCACUCUUCAUCGGGCACAGAGACACUGAUUCAGAAGAGGAAGAAGAAGACAUAUUUGUUGAAAGACACACCUGCAACACUUGGCCUUCCAAACACAGCCAUAGCAGUGUGGGUCACCACAGACGGGCGAGCCACAGCUGCAGACAGGAUGCUUAUGUAGACUUCCACUACACAAUGCCAAGUACAGAUAUUGAAGAUUCCUGGCCGGAGGAGCAUAGCCUCGCCUUCCACUCUCUACCCAAACCCAUUGACUAUCUCGAGCCCCACCAGGCCAAAGAUAACAGUGCCUGCCUUAGUCUGAGCAAACAUCACUCAAUGGUGCCCUCAGACAACUGCAAUGCCUACAUCUACCUGUGCCAUGAGGGCGAGACUCAGGUGCCAGCAUCAGGAGAGUGUUGCCACUCGCACUUUGUUGACCCCCUUACAGGUUUACUAGUCAGAAACAACAGCUACAGUCAUAGCUACAGUCACAGCAACUACAUCAGUGAUAAGGCCAUUGAUGUCCAAAGCAAUGAGGAGAUGAUCAAUCUAUCACCAGCUCCAGGGGGUCCCAUUGUGGCCAAACCUGCCUUGACAAAGACUGAGGACAGUAGAGAGCAGUAUGCUGACCUAACAUUUGAUGAUACCCCACUCAAAGAAAAGAGGGAGGAUGUAAUCAAAGAAAAUCCAAUCAUGCAAAAACCAACAGAGCCUAGAACAGAAGAGGUGACCCUGACAAUGACUAGAACCUCUCCGCCUCCUGCUGACAACAUGCAUGUGAUGGUGACCCUCACCGACCCACAAUCAGAGUUGAGUCACACUGUAGACAGCGGUGUUGACCACGGCGACUCCACUGUGAGCCUUGCUGACAUCCUUGACUGCAGUGACGAUGACGAUGACGAUGACAUCACAGAUGAUAUCACUGACGUUACCUCAGGCAUCUUUGCUGACGAGUCUAGUGAGCUAAACGCUUCUCCUGCCUUCAAGUCGCUACAGAAGCAGGUAGGAACUCCUGACUCCAUGGAUUCCAUGGAUCUGCCAUCUGCAGCUGGGUCUUGUGAAGGCUUCAGCCCAGCGUCCUCCCACCCCUCCAGCUCACCCAAAGCUAUGGAUAGUGGCUAUGACACAGAAAACAAUGAGAGCCCUGAGUUUGUACCCAAAGAGCCUCAUGAACCCCGUGAACAACCUUUGGGAAAGCCUACCAUUGAUACGAGCCUGGAGGAGCAGGGAGUCGAGUCUAAAGUAGUGCUCACAGAAGCCGAACCACCGUUGGAUGAAGAUUUGGCCUUAGAAGCUUCACAAUCAGGUGAUGACAUCCUUUUACCACUGACUGAUAAGACUCCAUACAGAGACUCUGCCUACUUUUCAGACUAUGAGAAUGAAAGGCUGUCUCGGGAUGAAGGGGACGAACCGUCAGAGAUGGUAAAGGAUGAAGGAACUGUUGAAAACAAACAGCACAUGGGAGAAAAGAAGGGCGAGAAAAGGAAGAAUGACAAGGAAGAAGAACUAGAAGACGGUGUUGCUAACAAAGACAUUAAACUUGAAAUAAAAGACAUAUUAACAGAGGGCACAGACUCAGAGAUGGAGGCAUACUUGAUAGAAGAGGGUGACCAGGAUGAGGAGUUGGGGCUACCUCUGGAGCCCUCUGACACUGCUUCAAUAGCAGAGGGUGGGCUGGAUGAAUGGCCAUCUCAGGAAGAGAGCUCAUCCUUAGGAGACUGGGCAGCAGAGGUGGUAGGAGCCAUGGAAGAAGCCCUUGGGGCCCUGAAUGGAGAUUGUACUUCCAAUGUCAAGGAAGAGGAAGAUGCAGAAGACACGAAAAACUCUGCUCAAGAUUCAGAAACAACAGAAGAGCCAGCAGUACAGAUGAAUCAGACCAGGCCAUCGGGGAUAUCCGGUGAAAACCUGCAUACUUUACCCAAAGAUGAGGUGGCCUUGCAGCACACAGCAAGCACCAGACGUUUUUCUUCCUCCUCUCCCCCACCUCCAUCCACCCCUCCCCCUCCCCUCCCUGCAACAACAGAGGGCCGAGCGUCUCCGGCUGAUGGAGAAGAGGCGGAUGAGGAGGGCGGUGACACAGAUGACAGCGACGAGUCGGAUGAGGAGCUGCGAAUCUACAGUGUGCAGGAACAGAGCGGAGGUGAGGAGAGCGAAGACGAGGUCCACCCAGUGCCCAUCGUGGUGAGCGACAACAGCGAAGCCCACAAACUGCGCAGCCUCCUGAAGAUGCCAACCCUGCUCACAGCGGAGAACCUGGAGGAGGAGCUCGAGCGCAAGACCAAGACGGUGUCGUUUUUUGACGAUGUCACCGUCUAUCUGUUUGACCAGGAAAGCCCAACUAAGGAGCUGGUUGAGCACGGCUUCCCGUUAGGAACAGAGGGUCAGAGUUCACGGAGCAAAUCCCAGGAAAAGGUUAAUGCCUCGGAUGACUCUUCAGAUGGAAACAUCUCAGAGGAGAGUGCAGGGUACGAGUGGGAGGACGAUUUCCCGCUGCUCCCUCUACCAACAGCGUCUGCAACAUCUGACUCGCCUCCACCUCGAUCCACCCCCAAACCUCCAGAGCCCAAACCAGCCGUACAGUUCUCCCGCUUCACCGUCUCCCCCUCCAACGUGUCCCGUUUCUCCAUCACCCACAUCUCGGACUCUGAUAUGGACUCAGUAGGAGGAAGCAGCGAGGAUGGGGACAAAGAGUAACGAGCUGUGGAUACUUACGGCCUCUCUGUGACAAUGACUCGGCCUGCUAGCAUGACUUCUGAUUUCUUUUUUAAAGUCAGGUUUUAGAAACACAAGACAGUGCCUCUUAUCGCCUGUGGACACUUUUGAAAGGUCCGUCUUACCACAACGGAGGACCGACUUAAGCUGUUUAGAAUACUGAAAAGAGUAUGGUUAAUAUAUAAAAUUUACAGAAUAUUAAUAUAUACUGUAUGUAUGAUGUAAAGAAUAUAUGAAAGCAGGGGUAUGUUGAAUUCUUCAUAUUUUUUGGAUCAAAGAGACGAAAUGGAAGGACAGACCUUUGGAAAGCAUCACAUUUGCCACCACUUUCACUUCUUAAUUUAUGAUGGGUAGCACUCAUGACAGCGUGGAACCAACUGGACUUAUAACAAACAGAAACUGUCGCGGAGUGAAAGACAACUUCUUGGCUUCAGCACCUUGAACAAGACUGUACAGCUCCACAGACUUUGUACUUUUAAGGAAACUGCUUUACUUGUCUUAAUGAAUAUCAACCAGAAUCCUUGAGGUAUCACAAGUAAUAUAUUGUUAAUAUUUGGGUUUGUUCGGAGACGAAGGACACACUAGCAUAAACGAAGGAAGCAAAGGGAAUUAUUAUUAUAAUGGGUCACAUCUGGUCACAGGAGGGAAACAGCUGAUUGAACCUGGACAGCCUGAUAUUUUUUGACCCUAUUUUCUUUCUUUCUUUCUUUCUUUUGUAUCGGACCACUACUGUACUGUUUUUCACAAAUAUGUGGCUCAUUCUCUCUACCAAAUUGAGUACCAGCACCACCAUCAGAUCAAAACCAACCACUCUUUGCUGUAAACAUCUGGCACAACCUUUUCACUAUGGUGACAAGAAGUGAAGGAAGUCAUUUCAGGCUGAAGUCUUUAUUUAAGGUUUGAAAGUUUUUUAUAGCAAUGCAUGGUUCCAAGUAACUGGAAGACAGUAUAAGGAUUCAUUGCAUUGAGAUGAAAUGGGACAGUGGCUUGCUUUCUUUUUUUGGAGUACAGAAAUCCAUUUUCAUGGUUUCACCCAGUCAGCUAAACAACAUGUUGGCAUUCUACUUUCCUGCAAACCACAGAUACAUCCAAAUUUAUUUGUGUCAUAGGUACAAUAUUUAGAAUCGACAAUAUGCUAUCACAUUUAUCUGCUAGGCAAAUUAUGGAGAGCAAAAGGACAUCGCUUCAACAUUUGAAGGUGUGAAACCACUGGAUGUUUUUAACGAGAUGCUGGGACAUUUUCCAGCUGUUCGUGGUGACAAAAACAAGUAUUUUAGAGCCAAACCAUGAUGUUUUCCAACCCUUAGCAAGUGUUUUAUUAUGCUCAGACCCAACCAGACAAUGAGCACAGCACUGUCACAACAUAAAACUGAAACUGUAGGAUGCAACAUGGAGGUUUGCAGAAAUGUACAUUGCCAACAUCUAUUAUGGCGAUCCAAAAUAAAUGGUUUGCUUCGUAAAGACGUCACUUCUCUGAUAAUGACAUGUUCCAUUAAGGGUUGGCAAUAAGAAUGAAAUCUUACUUUACAUUGUAAUACUACGUUGCAAUAACGGUAUAUAUCUCGAUAUGGUACCAUUUCAGUAAAUACAUAAAGUAUCUACUUGAAGUUUAACACCUGAUAAAUCGACGUUCUUCAUCACAUUGAUGCGAGGAGUAAUUCUCAGUCAUUUGCAACAAUAUUCACAAUCUCCAAGUAGAACCAGAUAGUAAAAAGGCAAAAUACCUGAGUAGAAUGAUUUGUUUUUAAUUGCCAGUAUGCGUCGUCAUGUUGCCCAACCCUACAGGCCAAUCAAUACAAAUGAAUACAUGCACAAAGUAUUAAAAAGGCUGUUCAAUAAUGUUUUGACAGCAAACAUUUUGCUCAUGCGUUUGUAAAUCAGCACAUUAUACAUGCAGUAUUUAUAAGCUUCUGCCCAUUUCUACCAUGUUAUCUACCAUGUUGUUUGUAAGAGAAACGAGAAAAGCUGCCGGACUUUACUGUCACUUGCUGUAUUGUCAUCUAAAAUAAGCUUGUUUGGAGCAGUUUUGUACGACAAAUCUGGUUUUAGAAGCUGUUGAACCUUUUCAGAUUUGCAGGAAAAAAAAAAAGUUUGUUCUAAUUCAUAAUUUGGAUUCUUUACAUGAUGUAUAAAAACUGUUAAAAAACAAAAUGUAUUGAGCCACGUUGCUUUCAGGCGGCGGGAUGGAUCAGUUCAGUGUUGAGUCGUAUUUGUGUGAUCAGCUGGUUGAAAGACGAUAGAGGGCUAACGUCAUGAUCAUGAAAUGUUGCAGCUUUGCUUUCUGUGUGUGUGUAAAUGUGAGGAAGUGAAACGGAAGGUGUGGUCGGCUGUCGGCUCCGGAGCCUCAGAGAAGCAGGAUGGCACCUUUCAAAGCACCCAAUGAUCAACAUGUCGUGUCUUCUAAGUGUUUGUUUGCCUUCCGAGGCUUUAAUAUUCUCUAAGAGUUUAGCAUAGAACCAUCUAGACAGCUGUCCGUAAUAUUUUUGUAUCUCGACAAAAAUACUUUUAAGAGUAUUGAUGUACUGUACCUGUGAGGGGAGAGAAGGUUAGAAAAAUGUGUCUCUUCUGUUUAUUGUUGCCAAAGAGAUGUUGUGUUGUGGCCCAGGAGGCAACGGUUGGUCAUGUUUUUACCCCAAGAUGGCGGCGGAGAGGAGGAACAUUACAGCAUCUUUGGUUUGGGAUACUGUCAGUAACAUGUGCUCCCACACUGACCUGGUCACAUCAUUACUUUCUGUACCUUCUAUCAAAUAUAAAUAAAGUCUGUUUUACACAUCUUAA